UAUUUUUAUCUCUAAAAAGCUCCACAAAUGUGGCCUUUAUUUUAGUUUUAACAGGUGUAUGAAGUGCAAGCAUGCGGUGGCUGUACCUUUAACCUACGCUUAUGAUGUUAAAUAGCAAGUCUUCUUAAAAGCUUAAACAAUGGAAAAGCUUACUGGUUAUAUUUUUGACAUUUCCAGUGUGGAAUCAAGUGAUUACAGAUAUUUACUAUUUUACAAGCUCAUGUAUUUCAUAGGCAAUGCUGUUAAAGUAAAUACUAAACAAGGUUGUAAACUGAAGCUAAUGUAAUUACUUUCUACUUUCUUUUCUCUGAAGGCUUAAUAUUGUACUGAUUUUACUGAUUACUAUGCUUGUGGUUCUUAUUACAUUGUAUGGAUUGUUCAUUGAGUCAUACAGACAGUAGAUCUUGAUUUUCCAAAUACAACUGAGAGUUACAAACUCUAUUGCCAGAGAGUAAUUGCUAGUGAUAUCAAAGAAUGUGUAUGUCGAGCUCCUGAUACUCCAUAUGAUGAUAGUUCAUACUCGAACAUACCAAUGACAUCUUAUGAGCUUCCUGAUGGACAGACAAUAGAAAUUGGAGCCGACAGAUUCAAGGCACCUGAUAUUCUUUUCAACCCAUCCUUGGCUCAGACUAUUCCUGGUAUGGAGAAUUUUGCCGAGACUGUUUCUUCUGUUCGUGGCCUGCCACAAAUGGUCUUGGAGAGCAUAAAUAAGUGUGAUGUGGAUAUUAGGAGAGAACUCUUCAGCAGUAUACUGCUUGCUGGUGGCACUGCAUCCAUGCAACAGUUAAAGGAACGUCUGGAGAAAGAUUUGCUAGAGGAAUCUCCUCAAGCAGCUAGAGUGAAAGUUUUGGCAAGUGGAAAUGCAACGGAAAGGAGAUUCAGGUGGGAGUAUAUUGGCGUCACUUGGUUCCUUUCAGCAAAUGUGGUUUUCAAAAUCUGAGUUCGAGGAACAUGGAGCUUCUUAUGUUCAAAGAAAAUGCCCGUAAGGAACUUUACUGGUGCGGUCAAUUAUCACAUUAGAUAGACAGAAAUUCAUGGAGCUGACUUCACUUCGAUUAGUUUGCUGACGGUAUGGGUUGUUCGGUUUUAAUAUCCUGCUCUAUAGGAGUCCAAACAACAAUGUACUAUAUAUGUAUUGUACCUAUCGUUGCUAAUGUUGUACAAUUACGUUACGUACUGGGGAUUGUAAUAUACUCCGUACUAGGCUCGUGUAGCAACAUUAUUGACUUGCUAUCUAAGUCACCGUGAAGAAUUUUACGAUCGCUGACAUUUUAAAACUUGGGUGAUUUGUUGCUGUCUUCCAGGAGUACUUAGUGAAAGAGGGAUUAAAUUUCUGCGUGUUAAA